AUGGGCAGAUAUGUUUUUAACUUGGACGAAUUGGGUUUAGAAAUAGCGACAAUUGCAUUGCCUGCAGCACUAGCAUUGACAGCUGAUCCAAUUGCAUCCUUAAUCGACACAGCAUUCAUUGGACAACUAGGUUCAGUGGAGCUUGCUGCAGUAGGAGUAUCAAUUGCUUUGUUCAAUCAAGUAUCAAGAAUCGCAAUAUUUCCACUUGUUAGUGUCACAACCUCUUUUGUUGCUGAAGAAGACGCCAUUGGAAGAGUAAGACUUGAAUCAAAUGAGAAUAUUCACCUGGAGUCAGAUUCACCAACAAAUGGAGAAACUAAACAGUUGCUACCAGAAACUGAUACUGGUAAGAAUGCAUACAACUCAAAGUUGGUUAAUGUAAGCUUCGAUACGGUCACAACCGGUCAGAAAAAAAGGUAUAUCCCAUCAGCAUCAUCAGCAAUGGUCAUUGGUGGCAUUCUUGGAUUUAUUCAAGCCAUAUUCCUCAUAUCUGGAGCAAAACCUCUAUUGAGCUUUAUGGGAGUCGGUUCAGAUUCCCCAAUGCUAAAGCCAGCACAACAGUACUUGAUGUUGAGGUCGCUCGGUGCUCCUGCAGUUCUUCUUUCAUUGGCUAUGCAAGGAGUCUUCCGUGGGUUCAAGGAUACAAAAACUCCUUUACAUGCCACUGUGGCAGGAGAUGCAACAAAUAUAAUUUUAGACCCAAUUUUUAUAUUUGUCUUUCGUUUUGGUGUGAACGGCGCAGCUAUAGCUCAUGUUAUAUCUCAGUACUUAAUGUGCAUCAUCCUCUUUUUGAGAUUAAUGGCUCAAGUUGAUCUCAUACCCCCAAGUGCUAAACAUCUCCAAUUUGGUCGAUUUCUUAAAAAUGGGUUUCUAUUAUUAAUGAGGGUUAUUGCGGUUACAUUCUGUGUGACUCUGGCUGCAUCAUUGUCUGCACGCCAGGGACCGAUAGCCAUGGCUGCAUUUCAGGUCUGCUUGCAAGUUUGGUUGGCAACAUCUCUUUUGGCUGAUGGACUAGCUGUUGCAGGACAGGCAAUACUUGCAAGUGCAUUUGCAAAGAACGACCAUGACAAAGCUGCAGUUACUGCUGCCCGAGUAUUACAGUUAGGAUUGGCUUUGGGGUUGAUACUCGCAUUCCUGCUCGGAGUGGGGUUGCAGUAUGGAGCAAGGUUAUUUACAAAAGAUGUCAAUGUCCUGCAUCUUAUUAGCAUAGGAAUACCUUUUGUUGCUGCCACUCAACCUAUCAAUGCAUUGGCAUUUGUUUUUGACGGCGUCAACUUUGGAGCCUCUGAUUUUGCAUAUGCAGCACUUUCUAUGGUUUUGGUGGCUAUUGUCAGCAUCAUAUUCCUGUUUAUUCUCUCCUACACAAGUGGAUUCAUUGGCAUCUGGGUUGCACUAACCAUCUAUAUGAGUUUGCGUUCAUUUGCUGGAUUCUGGAGGAUAGGGACAGGAACAGGACCAUGGCAAUUCCUCAGGACCUAA